AUGUCUACAUAAACUUGGUAGGCAGUUGGUAAACUGUUUACACUCACAACAACACAAAACAAUUUUAAUUUUAUUUAAAUAUAUACCUACAUACAUAUAUAUAUAUAUAUCGAAAAUGCCAUACGAUUGCGUUACCACAGAUGAGGUGAAUUAUCAAAGGUAUAAAUCGGAUCGUGCUGAAAAGACCCAUAAUCAUUGGGUUAGAACAUUAUCCUGGUAUCCAAAGGAACAGGCCAGCAACUAUAUACGCAUCGAUCAGAUUCAUCAUGAAAGUCGUCGGCAAUAUGGUGAUAAACACUUUGCCAAAUAUGCGGCACAACGUCGUCUCAAUCAGCGUUUCCGCCACAGUAUUGUGGACGAAAGAAUUAGGGAAACCCUUUACGAACCCCUUGACCAAGAGCGUUUCGAUGACUACAAGUGGCCAGCUACAACUAAUGGUGUCUACGGCAGUGUCAAGCCAACAAAAUUACAUUUUUGCUAAACGAAGAAAUUUCUAAUUUUUAUAAAUGUAUCUUCCUAACAUCUUACAUCUAACGUUGAGUGCAAAAAUAAAAGAAUUCCACCUGCCACCAUCA